AUGCCUACCCAUGAUGACACCAACCCUCAUUUUGUCAGACCCUUUCAACCACAAGGUCCAGACCAAUAUCCCCAAACACCUCCUGUUGGUCCAUUCCUGCAACAACCACAGCACCAAGGCCAGCACUCCGGCCCUGUGAGCCUCGGUCCCGGUUGGACUGAACCACCACCAGAUGUUAAGCCAGCCCGUCGUCACCGGCAAAAGCAUUCAGGCAGGCAUUCUCGGCCACUAGGUCCAUUGGUGUCAUUCCAUCCACACUUUCAAGACCAACAUCCUCAUCCACAGCCAAACCAUUCAGGCCAGCAAACCCAGCCGCUAGUCCCCCCGGUGCCCAUUGCAAACCAAGAUAAUGAAGACCCACAACCUCCGGCAAAGCGUCAGAGCCAGCAAACCCUGCCACUGUCAAGCCAUGAUCAUGAAGACCAACUGCAUCCUCGGCCACAUGGUACACAAGGACAGCCACAACAUGGCCAGCGUCCUCCCUCGCAUGGCUUGCUCAGGCCACAUACUCCACAAACCAACCUCUUUCAAUGGUCAUUAGCCAUCUUCUGUGCAAUUUUUUGGGUUAUCAUAAUCAUAGGAGGCCUAGUGGUUCUCAUAGUCUAUCUUAUUUUUCGCCCCCGGACACCGAAAUUCGAUGUCUCCACUGCCACCCUCAAUGCAGCCUACCUUGACAUGGGCUAUCUGCUCAAUGCUGACCUUACUGUGCUAGCGAACUUCACCAAUCCAAACAAGAAGGUGAGCGUGGACUUCAGCUCCUUGAUCAUUGAUCUUUAUUAUGGAAAUACCCUAAUUGCUACCCAAUACAUAGAACCCUUUUCUGCACACAAGAGAGAGUCCAUGUUUGCAAAUGUUCAUAUGGUGGUUAGUCAGGUCCGUCUUGGAUUGUUAGAGAGCCAAAGGCUUCAGAAGCAGAUGGAGACCAAUAGAGCCGUUUUUGAAGUCAAGGGAUCUUUCAGAGCACGUGCUAAUUUUGGAAAUAUCCUACGGUACUCUUAUUGGUUACAUGGUGACUGCAAAGUUGUGUUCACCGGACCUCCUGAUGGGGUUCUGAUUAUGUUUCGAUUUUCGUACACUAAGGAAUCAUUUAUAUUGACGUUUCGAGCAUUUGAUAAGUGA